AGCGCGCUGGCUGCGCGGCCGCGGGGCGUUCUCCGUGCGCCGGCCCGAGGCGAGCCAGGCCGUGCCCGCGUGCGAGGAGGAGGCGGGAGCCCCGUGAGGAAGAAUGGAGUUGGCGACUCGCUCCCAGAUCCCUAAAGAAGUGGCUGACAUCUUCAACGCCCCCAGUGAUGAUGAAGAGUUCAUAGGUUUCCGAGAUGAUGUUCCCAUGGAAACCAUCUCAUCAGAGGAGAGCUGCGAUAGUUUUGACUCGCUGGAGCCAGGGAAACAGCAGGAUGUGCGUUUCCAUUCCAAAUACUUCACGGAAGAGCUAAGAAGAAUUUUUAUAGAGGACACUGACUCAGAGACUGAAGAUUUUGAAGGAUUUACGCAGAGUGAUCUGAACAUAAAUAGUAACCCAGAAGUAAUGCUCAUGGAGUCAGAUUUGAGUGAUGAUGGCAAAGUGUUGCUGGUGAGUGAGGAAGAGGAGGAGGAGGAGGAAGAAAAGGCUACGCAGAAGAGAAGCAGGCCUCGAGGAAGCAGCAUUGGUCUUCGAGUAGCCUUUCAAUUCCCCUCCAAGAAAUUGGCCAAAAAAUCAGACAAAAACAGUUCUUCGGAGUCAUUGCUUUCUAGCUCACGCUUACAGGACAAUAAAAAAACAGUGCGUGGAAGCAAGAAAAGCCGCGGGCAGGGGAAGCGAAGGGAAGACUCUGCCUCCGAGUCUGAGGACGACCCCAAGGAUGAGAGCCCGGAGGGUUCGGAUGCUCUGCUGAAAAGGACAAUGAACAUCAAGGAGAACAAAGCCAUGCUUGCUCAGUUGUUGGCAGAAUUGAACUCAAUGCCAGAUUUCUUCCCAGUACGAACCCCGACCUCAGCUUCUAAGAAGAAAACAGUGAGACGGGCCUUCUCAGAGGGACAGAUCACACGACGCAUGAACCCCACCCGGAGCGCGCGGCCUCCUGAGAAGUUUGCUCUAGAGAACUACACUUUCUCAGCUGCCAAAUUUGCAGAAGAGUUUUACAGUUUCAAAAGAAGGAAAACAAUUAGUGGGGGGAAAUGCCAGGGUUAUAGACGACGUCACCGUAUAUCUUCUUUUCGGCCAGUGGAGGAUAUUACCGAAGAGGACUUAGAAAAUGUUGCCAUAACUGUUCGAGAUAAAAUCUAUGAUAAAGUUCUGGGUAACACGUGCCAUCAGUGUCGGCAGAAGACCAUCGACACCAAGACAGUGUGUCGGAACCAGAGCUGUGGCGGAGUGCGAGGACAGUUCUGUGGACCAUGCCUGCGGAAUCGCUAUGGGGAGGAUGUGAGAUCAGCACUGCUGGACCCGGAUUGGGUGUGUCCUCCCUGCCGUGGGAUCUGCAACUGCAGCUACUGUAGGAGGCGGGAUGGCCGCUGUGCCACAGGCAUCCUCAUUCAUCUGGCCAAGUUUUAUGGUUAUGAUAACGUUAAGGAAUAUCUGGAGAGCCUACAAAAGCAGCUGGUAGAAGAUAAUUAAGAGAAAAAAGAACCAACCAGCUCACUAUAGAGUACUCCAACGAGACAUGCGUACUGUUUGUGCCUAAGAUUUCAUACAGUUGGGUUUUUAUGCAGAAAUUCUUUGCAGAGUUUAGUUUCUAAAUACUAUUUUUUUUAAAAAAGAUGGUUUAUAUGCUUAAAAAGAUUUCUCAGGAAGACAGCAGAGGAAUCUGUAUGUGUACAUGUAUACACAGACCUGUUUGUAUAUUGAAUUGUUAAAAAUAUCUGCUGAUUAAAAAACAAUUUAAAUGGGGCGUAGAUAAAGUUCAGGUAAGUUACAGAGAAGACAGACAUUAUAUAAGCAACUCUUUCCUUUGACACUGUGUAAUUAUCUAUGUUGCCUUUUUGCUUUUGCAAUCUUUUACUUCCAAACAUAUAGUAAUUGUAGGCCAAGUUUUUACAGGCGUUAAAUACCCUUUAGUUUGCCUUGUUAUGAGAGACCAUAGUUCAAACCACAUAGUUGAACCUACUCUGGGUCAUUGGAGGUGUAUACCGAAGAACGUUCCCCUAAAUUACAAAGUGCAAUUAAUCACAGAACUUGAGAGGACUAGAGUUUUAUUUUUGUUAAAACUUGACCGAGCACAAGUGAACCAUCGUGUUACACACUGGAAGUCUUAGAGCCUACAGGACUGUCUGUGUCUCUGCCUUCAGGACUUGCCUGGGUCCUGCUGCUUCUAUGUUCGGAAAGAAUUUAAGGGCUAAUUUUUAAUUUAAAAAGAUUUUGCUGUUUGAUAUCUAUAAGAACUAAAUCCCCUUUGCAGCUGCAUUGUUUUUGAGAUUUUGUAUGUUCAGUGAUGGAACUGUGAGAACGGCUGUACUGUUUUGUGUUGAGGGGUUUCUAAGGGGGUACUAGGGAAAGCUAGAAUCAAUGAACAUAGAUUCUUUUUUACAUUUGCUUCUUUCUCUUCCCUGUCUCUACUUUUAAGCAUAGUGUUUAAAAAAUUGAACAUAUCUGUAAGUUGCUAAAAAGUUACAUUAAGCUGGAGGAAUGCAAGUCCCAGCAUGAAGGCCACCUCACGCCUCCAGCAGCAGGGCAACGCCUGCCAGAACCCAUUUUGCAGUCUUCUCUUUGCUCUUCAGCCUGAAUGUCCACACGUAAUUGGGGCCUCUCAUUUUGGUUUUGUACACGGGGCACUCAUAGGUGUGUUUGGUUUCUUGUCUAUCCAUGGGUAUGGCUUUUGCAAAGAUGACUGGCAUCAUGGAUGUCAACUCCUUGAGGCGGGCAUCAGCGAUUGUUCCUGACUGGGUGUCCCAUCUGGCACCUAUGGCAGAAAUCAAUGGUUGCAACUGUGUGGCAUGUUGGUAGUGAUCAUCUAAUUGUUUGGCACAAUAAACAUUCCAGUUUUGUCACCUC